AUGAAAAUUAUAGCAAAAUCCUAUUUUAGGGUAUUUUCUAAGAGUUGUUCAUUUAAUAAAGUGCUUAUUCCUUCAAAAAGGUUAUUCAGCAUGUGUUCAUCUAAUGAAUUAGAUAACACAUGGUCAGUUCCGGAAGGAGUCCGUGGAUCGCAAGUAUUAGAUACUUCUAAAUUCAACAAGAAAGCAACUCUCCCUGUUAUUGAGAUUGAGGCUAAGUAUAUAAACGCUGUACGUAGUAAAGCAGGCGUAGAUUCAUAUUUAUUGAAAAACCUAGGUAAAAUUAAGAAUUUCAUAAGUUCGGCCGAGGAUAACAAGAAGAAAGUACUCAUCUUUGAUCCUGAAACGUUCAAAUCUGACACUGAUGCAGCAAAGAAUGAGAUUUCCAUGAAACUAAAAUCGGUUAUUUCGGAUGCUGAAUUGAAAUGGUCAUCCAUGACCUUUGACAUUACUUUUGAUGACUGGGAUAUCAGACGAAUUAUCAAAGCUGUUCUGCCCGAUAACCUCGACUUCAGCAGCUUCACUCAAACUGGCCAUAUCAUUCAUUGUAAUUUCCGGGAUGAGCUCAGUCCAUAUAAAAAGAUUCUUGGCGAAAUAUUACUUAAGAAGGUUAAGAACUGCAGAACUGUUGUUAAUAAAAUUGAUGGCAUCACCAGUGAAUUCCGAAAUUUCCAAAUCGAGCUCGUAGCAGGGGAACCUGAUUACGUAGCCGAUGUAUUGGAAGGUGGAUGUCGAUUCAAACUCGAUUUCAGUAAAGUCUUUUGGAACUCUAGAUUAAGCUAUGAACACGAUAGAGUUAGGAAAUAUUUCGACUCCCGAUCUCUGAUUUUUGAUGCAUGUGCUGGUGUUGGUCCUUUUGUUAUACCGAUAGUGAAAAAGCUCCAUGCUAGAACAGUAGUUGCCAAUGAUUUGAACCCAGAAAGCGUUAGAUGGCUCAAGGAAAGUAUGAAAAUGAACAAGAUAUUAUCAUCUGAAAUUGAUGUUCACAAUAUGGAUGCUUUCGACUUCAUCAAAGGACCGUUCGCUAACGAGCUCAUCAAAGCGAUGAAGCAGAUGAAGUCUGAUCCCGAACUAACUCCUGCGUCUGGAGCUCACAUAUUAAUGAACUUACCAGCAUUUGCUAUCAAUUUUUUGCCUGCAUUCAAGGGAAUUUUGCAUGGAAAGUUAGAAGAUAGUGACAUCCCGGAAGAGAUGUUCCCUAUAACUAUCUACUGCUACUUAUUCGUCAAAGCACAUGAAGAAGUUCCAGACGAAUACUUCCCUGAUAUGGCUAGGAAAUAUGUUUUAGAGAAAUUGAACUACCCUGAAGCAAAUAUCAAAGUAAUCCAUCAUAUAAGAACAGUGUCCUCGAGGAAGGAGAUGUUCUGCGUGCAAGUUGAGACACCACUAGAGUUUCUUAGGAUGAAGCCGGAUGAGAAAGAUGAGCCGGAGGCCAAAAGAGCCAAGCUGGAAGAUGAGUGA